ACUACGAGACUAAACGGUGGCAAAGUAUAACACUUUAAGAAAAAUUCUAGAGAAAAAAAUUUGUCUACUGCAAUUACACAAGAGUUGAAGAAAAAAAUAUUUUUUAUAUUAAAUUGUUAUAAAGAUAAAAAGAAAAUUAAAGCAGUUUUUUUAAUAUAAAAUAAGGAAUUUAUUAAAGAUAUAAAGUGAUAUUUUAACACUUUUAAAGUGUUUAAGUAAUAAAAAAAUACUUUUCUGGGAAGAAAAAAACUUUAAGAAAAAUUUUAUAUUUAAAAAAAAAAAUCUAUGUGUAUAACAAAAAAGGCAUUUCUUAGAGAAAAUUAAACUAAAGUAAACGAUUUUUUUUUAAUAAUUAAGCUUUUUUUGCAAGAAAGUGCAAAAAUUUCGAUUUGUCACUUGAAAAAAAUUUAUUGAUUUAUAACAUAAAUCUAAACAUAACGAUUUAAUGUAACAUAAGGUGUCGUUUAUUACCAGCAUAUUAGCAGUGAAGAAACAACAACAACAACACUAAAAUAUAUAUACGAAUUCAUCAGCCAACAAAAACGAACGAAGGAACCAACCAAUCGAGCAAACGAACAGACCGAUUCGUAGAAAUUUGUCAUUGUGCAAGUGCACCGGAAAUAAAUCUAGUGGUGUGAGAUAAAAUAGAUACAAAAAUAAAGAGAGAGCAAGAGCGAGAAGUAUUAAAGCGGAAAUACACAUACAAAAACAAACUGUAAAGACAAACUCUCACAGUUUUGCUAUCAAUUCAAAAUCAAAUAUAUAACGAUUGUUGUAGUUUAUUAACAUCAUACACAAACAACAACACAACCUCUAACAAGGACAAUAAUUUCCCUUCAAAUACUGCUAAAAUUUAAAGGCAACAACUACCACAACAAGAAGAACUUUAAUUAAACCCCUUUUUUAAACAGCAGCAGCAGCAGUAAACGUAAACGUAACCCACUAACCCAUAAAAAACUUUGACAACCUUAACUUUGCAAAUAUGUUGCCAUAAAAUCAAUAAAACGCAUUUUUUCUUAACGAUUUUUUUAAAAUUUUCUUUUUUUUUUGUUAAAAAUCUUCAGUUUCAUUUCGUAACAAUAAUUUAAAACAAGUGCCAAAUAUAUACAAAAUAAACAAUUUUCUAUUAACAAACAAAUCGACGACCAAAAGAAAUUGUUGUAUAUUUACAACAAUCACGCACUUUGUGCGUCUCAAAGUGUUAGUUGUCGUAAGAAAAUUUUCUAUUACCGUUCUUAAUAUAAAUAUACUAGUCUAGUAUACAUGUUAACUGUUUACUAAGUGUGCGUGUGUGUGUGUUGCAAGGACCAACAGAAUAUCGUUUAAAAAAUCAAGUAAAUCUUCUUUACACGUGCAUCUUUUAAUAAAAACCCACAAAAUUCCGCCGUUUAUCGCAUUUGCGUUUGCGAAACUAUUUUCUGGCGGCCUCAAGCGUAGCAGAUUUAAACCAAUGCAUUUAGGUUUGAAACAUCAAAAACCAACAAACAAAAAACAUCAUAAACGUUUUUCCGGCAGUAGUAAGCGAAAAUGUCUUUAUCCCGAGAAUUUAAUUUACAGGAUUCACGGGGAUCGAUGUACUGCGCGAGUGAACCGGACCCAAUUGGUCGAGUCCAGUACCAGUCGGGAGGGAUCAUUUACUCCAACAACAGCAGCAGCAUUGGCCAAGCGACUUUCAACCGCCCUCAUUCUGCACUUGAAGGUAAUUCCACCGAAAUCAUUGAAGUCGUCUGUCAGCCACACUAUGACGACAUGGAGCGGGAACGAGAACGCCCCAUUGUUGCCUGUUCACAGCCGCCAGUCCCCUCCCUGCUCACCGAGUGCCAGCAGUCGAGUGGCUCCCUCUUCUCAAUUGUCUCAGCACCGCCAGUACCGUUGGCCGAGUUGGAUGUCAAGCAAAUGGAUACGUUGGGUGCGGGUCUACAGCCGGGAAUUGGAUAUGGUCUACAAAUGGGCGGCAGUGCACAGAACCCUUUCAUUACCGCUCACUCGAAUGUUUCAAUCGCUGAUGUGGCCGCCUCGGCCCCGGGUUCGGCCACGUCUACCAUACCCCGGCGCCCGGCCAGCUUACCCAUCGAUCAACCCUAUUGUCCGGCGCCAGCGAGUCGCACGUUGCACGCCAGCCUGCUGGAACAUCAGAUAUCGGAAAUUGAAGAAGAUGACAAUGAAAACCUAUUAACGGUCUCGAGUAUUACGGCACGGCCCUUAAUUGCCAAAUCCCGUGAAUUACGCUCGAGUCGUAAUUUAUGCAGCAGUGCCGGUAAACGGAAACGUGGCAAAGGUGGUCAUAAAUUGCCCGCUGGCAUCUCGAAUAUACCCAGUAAUACGGAUUCGAGGGCCAGUUCUGGUCAUCCGCCAUCAUCACGUUCUUCAAUCAGCACUGAUCCGCCAGAUGGCGGCUAUGGUUGGUUUAUUGUAUUCGGAGCAUUUUCGGUACAAUUUUGGGUAGCGGGUUUGGUCAAAUCCUAUGGCGUUUUAUAUGUUGAAAUCAUGGAAACAUUUCCCAGUUCUACAGCCACUGUGGCCUCUUGGAUACCUGCAAUACUAUCGGCUUUGUGUUUGGCUUUGGCUCCGCUCUCAAGUGCUCUGUGUCAGCGCUUCUCUUGUCGUACAGUCGUCUUUAUAGGUGGUCUUUUCUGUGCUCUCGGCAUGUGUCUUAGUUACUUUGCCACCAGUCUGGUACAUUUACUCUUUACCUUUGGCAUACUCACCGGCAUAGGUGGCGGUCUCUCCACCACUCCCGGCAUUGUUAUAGUUUCCCAAUAUUUUGAUAAACAUCGGGCUUUAGCCAAUGGUAUUUGUGUUUCGGGUACCGCCACCGGCAGCUUUAUUUUGCCAGUACUCAUCAAACAUUUAGCCGAGAAUUUUGGUUUUCAUGGCACCAUUUUAAUAUUGGGUUUCUGUAUGCUGGACGUGUGUAUAUCAGCUCUGCUCUACAGACCUUUGGAAUCAUUUCAUACCGACGAUGAUAAGAAUAUCGAAGAGGAGGAUGCUACCAAGCCUCUGAAUGAUAUAAAUCCUAGCAACAUUGAUAUGUUAACUAAUUCAACCUAUUUGGAUACUUGUGAUGACGGUUUGAAUACUAAGUUCAUAGAACAUUUAUUUAUGGAAGAGUCGAAAAAUCGUUUAAAUGAUUACUAUAAUAAUAGAUAUAAUGCUUCUGAAAAAUCUGUUCCUAAUUGUGCUCAAGAGAGCGAUGAUGAGGUUAAGGACAUUAUAGGCGAGACCACCUUUAUCAAACCCAUUAAAAAAGUACGCAGUUCUGGCAUUAUGCACUCAGUCGAAGACUUAAGCACCACCUCUACAUGGGUGUAUCGCAAGAACUCGGGCACCGAUUCAAAUCGUGGUUCUCGUCGUCGCCGUAAUGUUUUUGCCAACGAUGAAAUUAUCUCUAAAAUACAGGCGCAUUUGGAAAAGCCACUCUCACCACCCGCCGUUGUUACACGUGGUCUCAGUAAAAGUAUGGAAAUUCCCACACCUGCCAGUAAUAUGAGUGAAAUCAAAUCAUUGGAAAAGGAACAAGAUGGCAGUUUAGUGGGUGCCAAUUCCAUAGAGGAAGAUGUUGAUGAUGCACCUCUUACCUGUAUUGAAAGGAUCGAAAUUUAUUUGGAUAUUAGUUUAUUAAAGGAUCCAACUUUUAUACUGAUGUGCUUGUCGGUGACCCUAAUGUCGGUGGGAUGUCCUUAUAUGUUGUAUUAUUUACCCGCUCAUGUUAUAUCAAUUGGUUAUAAUAAAAGCGAAGCUGGCUAUUUGGUAACCGUUAGUGCUGUUUUAGAUCUUGUUGGUCGCUUAGGUCUAGGAUGGCUCUCAGAUUUACAAUUAUUCGAUCGCAGAAAGACUUAUAUAUUUUGUAUACUAGGAGCUGGCAUUGCUGUACUUACCAUACCAUCGGAAUACACCAUUUAUCUGGUGGGUCUAUCGGCUGCCAUUUAUGGUUUCUGUUUAGGCAGCUGGUAUGUUUUGAUGCCAGUUUUGUUGGCGGAUAUCUUCGGCACCGAUCGCAUAAGUUCCAGUUAUGGUUUAGUGCGCAUGUUUCAAAGUAUUGGUGCCAUAUCAGUGCCACCUUUAGCGGGAUUCCUAAGAGAUUUGUCAGGCAGUUAUGCUAUUGUAUUUUAUUGUAUGGGCUCCUGUAUGGUCCUCGGCUGUUUGCCGUUAUUAGUUUGGGCCAUUUUAGAUUGUCGCGAACGUAAACUAUAUGAAGAUAAUGAUAAUAAUGAGGAUACAUCAUCAGUAUCUUAAAUUAUGAACGAAUAAUUUAUUUAAGAAACAUAUAAUAUUUGGUAUUAUUCGAAAUUUAGUUAUUGAUUUUAGUAAUUAGCAUGUUGCGCGUAUUUAGUUAUAUAAAUUUUUAGAACAACAGCAGCAAAAAAAUAUUUUGUAAACCCAUUCCAUAUGUUUUAAAAACUAGUUGAAAUUGUUAAAAAGUAGUUUGCAGUAAAAUAUAUAAUUUAGUUGUUGCUACCAAUACCAAAAACCUAUGAACUUAUAGAUUUUAUAUAGCAUUUAUCUUUAUUCCAGCUGAUGAUACUAAUUUAUAAGACUAUUCAAAUUUCAAGUAUUAUAAUUUCGCAAAGAGAGAAUUUCGAAAAAGUUUUGAUAAUUAAAUGGAUUUUGUGAAAAAUACUUACUAUACAUAUAUAGCUUUAUGAAGACCAACACGUUUCUGGUCUCAACAGUCAAACAAAAUAUAACUUAACUUUGUUUAGAUUUCAUUACAAACCCUGAUUAGUUUUAGUUUUGUGCAUGAUAAACUAAAUAUUCCGGAUUUACAAAUAUCUUAUUUAAUACCCAGCGAGUAAUGGGUAGUAUUGUUUUUUCCUCUAUUCUGAAAUUAGUGACCAUUUAUAGUUAUAAUAAGUUGCUCAAAAUCUAUAUUUUUUGCAAAAAAUUACUAUUGUUUAAUUGAAUUAAUAGUAAAUAUUUAUAUGUAGUUGUUUAAAUUUAAGAAAAUAUGGGCCGUUGUGUUAAGUGCCUGCCAUUUUUUGUACCCCCAACUUUGUAGUGGUAUAACAACAUCAAUCUGCUCUUAAUUUUUAUAUAUAUAUCAAAGAUCUUAUAAUGUAUUGCAUACAUACUAUAAUAGUACGAUUUUUGGGAAGUUUCAUGACUAAUAAACAAAACCAUUUACUUUCCGGUAGUCCCGAAUUUAUGCUUUUAAUACCCAAAAUUUUUGGCCUUAUAAUGGACUCUUGCUAUAUUGUGUUUUUAUUACCCUUAUUGCCUUUUAAUGCUUAGCCCGCACACCCUUUUCCUAUGUAUUCAGAGUCCAGUUUAUGGACUGCACUAUUGACUUGUCUAUUGUCUAGACUAUAGACUGGACUAUAUUCUCCAUUGGCCUAUAAUCUGAACUGUAGAUUAGCUUAAAAUCUCAACAAUAGACUGUACUGUUGCCUAGAUUAUAGAUUGGACUAUAGUCUAUAUUACAGACUUUAUAUUAUAGCAUUGAAAGUUUUAAUGCUUAGUCUGCACACCCUUUUCUUACGGAUCCAGAGUCCAGUUUAUAGACUGCACUAUUGACUUGUCUGUUGCCUACUAAAGUCUAGACUAUAGAUUUGGCUAAAGUCUGGGCCCAAAUUAUGGCAUACGAUAUUGAUCGAAAUCUUAACAGAAUCUAAAUAUGUAGAGAUUUCGAUCGAUAUCGUAUGCCAUAAUUUGGGCCCAGAUUUUAGUCAAAUCUAUAGUCUAGACUUUAGUAAAGUAUAUAGUGUAGAGUCUAGACUUUAGUAAAGCCUAUAGUCUAUACUUUAGUAAGGACUAUAAACUUGAAAAAAGUCUAGACUAUAGACUUGACUAAAGUCUAAACUAUAUACUUGACUAAGUUGAGACUAUAGACUUGACUUAAGUCUAAACUAUAGACUUGACUUAAGUCUAAACUAUAGACUUGACUUAAGUCUAGACUAUAGACUUGACUAAAGUCAAGACUAUAGACUUGACUAAGGUUUAGACUAAAGACUUGACUAAAGUCUAGACUAUAGACUUGACUAAAGUUAAGAUUAUAGUCUUGACUAAAAUCAAGACUAUAGACUUGACCAAAGUCUAGACUAUAGACUUGACCAAAGUCAAGAGUAUCGACUUGACUAAAGACAAGAGUAUCGACUUGACUAAAGUCUAGACUAAAGACUUGACUAAAGUCUAGACUAAAGACUUGAUUAAAGUCUAAACUAUAGACUUGACUAAAGUCUAGACUAAAGUCUAGACUAUAGAAUGCACUACAGAUUAUUGACUGGACUAUAUUCUAGACUAUACGCUUGGACAUAGUGAAGUGCAUAGUGUAUAUUAUAGACUUGACUAUUGUGUGGACAAGGACAACACAUUGUACUAGAUUGGUCUAGACUGUAGUUUGAACCAUAUGGUCUAGACUAUAUAGAGUAGCCAAAAUACUUUUUUGCUACGGGUUUAAUAUGAAGAGUUGUCGUUUGCGAUCACCACUUCACUAUCACUUCGUGAUAAUCCCAAAAAGGGGGUUUUAUCGACCUUAAGCCAAUACGGGCUCAUGCAGCUUUUGAGGUUGCAGUUGCCAAACAUAACUGGGUUACAGUAGCAACCAACUCUCCACAACCGGUUGCAUUUGUUGUAGAAGUAGGGUCUCCGAAGAUUAUGAGGUUCCGAUAUGGAUAAAGUGAAAACAUUUGUGGUCUCUAUUUUUACGAGAUUUUGUUAUAAAUCAUAUUGUAUAUUCCUAAAAAAAAGUUCAAAAUUUCAAAUAACAGAGUAUUUCUAAAGGCGGGUUUGAAUACUGCAUCAACUUAAUAUUUAUAUUAGAUAACGAAAGACCUGUUAUAACCAGUACCUGUGACCAAUAUGGAGAGGUUCUUUGGAUUUGUUAAAAAAAAACUUCCUAAAAAAGAAACAAAGGUUUCCUUUAGAAUACAUUUUUGAGAUAUCUAAACUGAACUCUGAUUUAAUGCUAUUUCAGUAAAAAGAAGUAUGAAACAAGAACGGAUCUACUAUGAUUAAUUAAAAUAUAAAAAAAUUCAGAGUAUUCUAAAUUUAAACAUUUUGUUUUAAUUUUUAAGAAAUUUAGUUUAAUCUUAAAAGGGUUUAAACUUAACCACACAUCACUUUAAACUAAGUUAAGCUAACACGUCUAAAACUAGACCUAUUUAAAUAUAUAUAAUUAUUAAUGAUUUAAGUAUUAUAGUUUUUAAAAUACCAUAUAAUUUUCAUUGCUUAAUUUUGAGAAAAAAAAAUAUAAUUAAAAAAAAUUAAUUUCAAACAUUUAUAUUUAACUUGAAUUGUCCUCGCUUAUAAUAAUUUAAUUUCGAUUUUAAUUAUUAUUUAACAAAAAAAAACUAAAACCCAACAACAACAACUUAAGCACUAAAAAUGCGCAAAAGAACUGAGUUUAAAACAACAAAGACAUUAAGAAUUUUUUCCAAUUAGUCUAACACUGCCAAUCGAAAAAAAUCAACGCUGCUUUUUUAGGAACAGAGUUGCAUUCUGCCCCGCAUAUUGGCAAACGUUUAGACUGCUGGGGAAAAUUGUUAUUUAAAUAAAAUGAUUAUUUUUAAAUUGUAAUAUGAAAUAUUAACUUAAUAUUAAUAAAUAAAAUAUUAUGAAAUAUAAAAAAAAACAACAAAAUAUAUUAUUAAC